AUGCCCAUUUUUCAUGGUGGAAAAGGCUCCGGUUAUCAUAAUAAUGUCUCAGCUGCUAAUGCCGAAGAAUACUGUAGGCGAAGUAUUUUACUGCCUUUUAUAAACAACAUGAUCUCACAACUCAAACUACGAUUAUCUUUCUCGACUUUGAGAAGGCUAAAAACAUACUUAAGAAGUACCAUGCAUAAAGAACGCUUAAGUGCUCUUGCACUGCUGAAUUCAAGCAACGUCAGUGUUACUUCCGAGGAACUCAACCGGAGACUUUGCUGUACGCCCAAAGAAAGAGGCCGACUGAAUAAAGAGCAACUAACCGUUCUCGAGUUUAAGCUGUCUGUUCUUUGA